AUGUGUGACGGUUCGAAUUUGGUUUUGUGCUACAACCGUGGAUGCGCUGAGCAAUUCGACCAAACCAAUAAUACUGAAGAUUCUUGCGUAUAUCAUCCAGGUAACCCUAUUUUUCAUAACGCCUACAAGGGAUGGUCUUGCUGUAAAAAAGGAUCUACUGAUUUUACUGAAUUUCUUAAUAUAAAGGGCUGCACAAAGGGUUACCACAGCGGUAAAAUGCCAAAAGAGCCCGAAAAGCUUGAUGUCAUUGCAUAUCAAGCCCCAAAACCUGUUUUGUUACCGAGACCGUCAGCUAAUUUGCCAUUGGUAAAUAUUAAACCGACCAUAUCCUUUACUUACUUACAACAAAGAACGUCUACUUCUAUAAACAAUUCCAAUGGAAGCGAUACAAAUAGUUUAAUUGAUGUUUCAAUUGGUACUAUGUGUAAAAAACAUGGAUGCAAACAGGCCUAUGAAGGUGCUGGAAAAGGGAAUAUUAUUUGUGACCAUCAUCCUGGUACACCUAUAUUCCAUGAGGGUAUGAAAUAUUGGUCCUGUUGUAAUAAAAAGACGUCAGAUUUCCAUGCAUUUCUGGAACAAGUUGGGUGUUUUCAAGGAAAACAUUGUUGGAUUAAUGAAACUAAAAUUCAAGAACAUACUAAUUGCCGUUUAGACUGGCAUCAGAAUGGACCCUGGGUUGUAAUAUCUAUCUUUGCCAAGAAAUAUGACCCAAACAAUUCUUUUGUGAAAUUGUCUCCAGUAAAACUGUCCGUGGAACUAUACUUCCCUUUUCAAAAGUCUGUGUUUUCUAAAAACAUGGAACUUCAUGGGAUUGUCGACGUUGAUGCAAGUUGUGUGUCAAUGUCGCCUUUAAAAGUUGAAAUAAAACUUAAAAAAGCAGAAGCAGUGUCAUGGGCUGUAUUGGAAUAUCGAAAGCGUAAACUUUCAAAUGGUACAAAACAAACUUUAAAUUCAGGAACAAAUGACAAACAUAAAAAAUUUAAAUGUCUGUGUUAA